GGUGUAGCGAAUUUCUUCUAAUCAAUUAUGCCGCGGGGAGACGAGAAGGUGGCGACGCGGCGCGAGGCGGGGCGACGAGACCAACAGGCGCGGUGCGAACCUUGACCAACUCGAUCUGCCUCGCACGCGCACACCACGGACCCUCACACACACACACACACACACACACCAUGUCGCCCUCAUGAGCAAUAAAGUCAACCCGCUGUGAGUUACGAAGACACUCUCCUCUUAUCCUCCUUGUGUUGUAAGCCGGCGUGUCCUUGGCCGGUAUUUGUAAGCAUUUCCUCAGCUCUCCCGCGAAGCUCACCAUGCACGCCAGCUUCCUCCCUUCCUGGAAACCUGGCACUCGGGGGAUACACGGCCCCGGGAAUAUUCGGUGUCAACGCGAAGAUGGUGACGCAAGUAACACCGGGUGCUCCCAUUGGCUGGCGCGGCGAGCUUCGUGGUUGGCUGAGAGGUGAAGCAAGUUAUACCCACGCGAGCACAGAUACUACACACACACACAUGCACGCACAUUCACACGUAUUUGCUUUUGGCUUUGUAAUUAUCCUUGUUGAGUCUGUAACUAUUCCGCGGCUUAGUCUUGCAUUACAGAGCGAUCAAUCACGACAUGAUGGGAUGGUGUUUGCUGGAAAUCUGCCUCGUUUCGUCUCAAGCGAUGACUGAACGGCGGGUACAAGGCGGCGGCAGCGGCAGCAUCUGGCAACAGCCAAGGUCCCUGACACAUAUAUACAGCGAAGCUCCCACUUUCGUGCUCAGUGCUUUCCUGACCAGGUUGGGCAGAGGGUGUAGCAGCUUCGCGUGACAAUCGGUUUGAGAGAAACUUCUUGUAUAUCUCUCUCCUUCCCUCCACGUAUGCUGUAUGUCGUGACACGUGGGAAGGAGGCCCAGCAUGUCCCUCCCCCACGCUGAAGGAGCAGGUUGAGGCCUCUUACUCCUUCCAAAGGACUGAAAAGAAAGUGUGCAUAUAUUUUUCUUAUGAACACGCUAGACGAUUUCCAGUUUCUGAAGUAAAAGUGAGGGUGGUGUACUCGAGUGUGGCUUGGGUGUGUCUGUCGCAGCUGUGAGGCCGUGACACCUUCCCACAGACACCUCCUGCUCCUCCACCUCCUGCUCGAGCACUGGACUGGGAAUGUGACGAUGUGCGAGGAAAACUAUGAUAAAUCCUACAAACAACGAAAUAUUAUUGUAACUGUAAAAACCGUGUGCUAGUGUAAGACAAGAAAAUAAUAAAAGAAAAAGGGGGUUUGCUUUACAAGAUCAAAUACAUUUAUAAUAAAAAAAUGAAAACUUGUGUACUAUAGGUCGAAAAAAAAAAAAAACUCACCAUAAAAAAUAAAAAGAAAACUGAAAAUUUGUGUUAUGUAAGACUGAAAAAAGACGCGAAUAAAAUUUGCUUCUUACGACCACCUGGAUAAAAGUGGAAACUUGUAAUACUGAAAAAAAAAAAAGACUUGCUUCACGACCACACAGAAAAAAAAAAAAAACGAAAAUUAUGCUUUUAAGACGAAAAAUCUUGCUUUUCACAACCGACUGAGAGAGAGAGGGAAAAAAAAAAGAAAGAAAACGUGUGCCAUGUAAGACGACAAAAAAAAAGGAAAAAAAAGAGAACGACGACUCUUCUCACGACGACGAGAAAAAAUCCUGAAAAGUCGUACUAUUUACGACAAAAAAAAAGCCUGAAUUCUCACGACUACCCAAACAAGGAAAUCGAAAAAACCCACAAACAAACAGGUGAUUAUCAGACAAAUCGUGGUUACCUCCGUCAAGGGUUAACUGUGUGAGCGGGACUGACAGGCGAGCGACCCACGCCACAACACGCGGCGUCAGGAUGAGAUAUGCUGAUUACAGAUUCCCCGCGCCGCCCAGGGACACUGACGGAGACACGGACGGGGGGCGAUGAGCGUGAGCUGGUGCGCUGGUGCGUCGGUGGUGACUUUGAAUAAUAGCGCGUGUGAACUUGUGCUCGAAUCCCGACGGUGACGUGCCAUGACCUCCCAGACCCCAUCCUGGACUCACCCAACUGCCCACACCACGCCCACGGUGUCUUACCAAGCCGCCCACACUGGCCGCCCACCCGGGACUGUGCCUACGGGCGGGUGGGGGGCGGAGGAGGGCAUGGGGGCGUUAGGAAACUCCUCCCUGGUGGUGGAUGACGCGGCAACGAACUUUUCCCUGCUGGACGCGCCUCCCCACGGGGACAACAAGACCCACUGGGCGUCCACGGCAGUGAUGCACAUGGGUGUGGAGGUGGAGCUGUUCCCGGACUGGCUGGUGGGCGUGUGGACGGGCGUGCUGGUGACCCUGAUGGCGGUGGGUGUGGGUGGCAAUGUGCUGGUGCCCGUGGUGGUGGUCCGAACUCGCGACCUCAGAUCCUCUACUAAUUUCCUGCUGGUGAACUUAGCGGCAGCGGAUCUCCUGGUGCUGCUGGUGUCCCUCCCCACGGCGCUGGUCGAGCUGCACUCCCGCCCCGAGACCUGGGUGCUGGGCGAGCCCAUGUGUGAGUACUGAGCCGUGUUCUGUUAUUUUUCUCCCUCUUUUUGGUCUCUGCAGGUUGUCUCUCAUUUUCCUUUUCCACG